CCAAUGGUCGUUCGAUCUGAAGAUAACCUGCUUCUUCAAGCGAAUUUAACUCUGCCUCGAGGGACUCGGGAAGGAAACAUACGUGGGACAGAACGAAUUUUGUCCAAGAUGUCAGGAAGGCUGCCCCGAUUGCGUGCACUUCGUCCACGACCCCAGCAGCUAAAGCACGAGCCGCAUAAGGAAGGUAACCUUAAAGAGGACCGACAGGAAGUCGCAAUGAGGGAACAUGAGAUGCAGAGUGACACUGAAGAAAUCUCGUACAGCGUCAGAAACGACGAAGGUUUAAUAAAGAACAAUCUGAAACAUGAACCAGAAAGGCUUGAUUGUUCAGGGCCUUCGCAAAGUUACGAAUGCAAAACGUGCAAGCCAUCAAAACCUUUAACAAGUCUUAAGGCGUAUCUCGAUCAUCUGAAAAAAGAGCACAAACAGAAGGGAAAAUUUAUACGUGAUACUGGAAAUAGGUGCUCUAUGUGUUCAUAUGUUGCACUGAACUCAAGGGAUCUUGAAACUCAUCAGAGAGUGCAUCAUUUAAAGAGGAGAUUUUUCCGAUGUGCUAAGUGUUCUUAUGUAACACAUGUACGUGCUCGUUAUACAAAGCAUGUGAAGUAUCACUCGAUGCCAAUGAUUAAGUGCGAUGCCUGUGAUUUUCGUACACCAUACAAGUGGAAUUUGGACAGACACACCAGAAACCAUGGAGGUGGAGGGGCUUUUCAAUGUCGUGCUUGUAAUUUUACAGCUGAUAUUAGACAAAGUUUAACAGUACACGAAACUAAUCAUCAUGAACCUCCUGUAGGUCAAACAAAUCGUAAAUCUUGCAAUCCUUUUGAACGUAAACCAAGAAAUAGCCCUAAACGAUAUAACCAGGUGGGUGCAAGUGACUUUCGAGAUUCACUGCAUAUAUCUGGAAGUACAACAGUGUCAAUCAGUCCUGGAGACUCAUUUAUUUCUGAUCAUUCUAUGGAAGAUAAAAGAAAUGCAAUAGCUAAUGCAGAGUGUAUAGCAUUAAAGUGUGAGGAGAAAGGUUGCCAAUUCAUCACUGCAUGGGAUUCUGAGAUGCAAAGACACUUGGCAGAAUGUCAUGCUCCAAUCAUAUCAAAUAAAUCUAGAAAACCACUGCCAAUGUUAAUUCCUUUAAGUCCUGCUAAACCAAACAAUACUACCUCCAGUGGACUUUCGACAACAUUGCUAAAAGUUCCGCGUGUCAGGGUAAGACCGGAACUCGCGCAAAUCGCAAGAGAUACGGAACUGGCGAAGUUGUAUGGAAGUAAAGAAGCCAGCAACUUAAAGAAGGAUGCGAAUAACGCGGCAGAUUUAUUUGAAAAAAAAAAUGCGUCCUUCUUUGAUAAGCUUAAGGAAAAGCUUACUACGACGGCGUCAAUUAAUAACGGAGUGCCGGAGGUAGCUGUAAGUACUACGAACGAUUUGAAAUGCUGGUGUACUUUUAAAGCUAGUAGCAUGGAAGAGCUGGCUUGUCACAAACAAACACACCACACUGCUCUCAGUGUAUCUGUGGGUACAACGCGUUGCCCUAAAUGCAGAAGACGUUGCAAAAGUUCGACUGAUCUACAAGUGCAUAUGCAGUGUUGUCACUCGACAAGCAACGAUACGUCCUCCAUACACAAUAGCUUAGAAAAAUUAUCAAAUUGUUCAGAACUACGUGUGACCUCGUAUCGCGGUGAAUAUGCAUUCCCAGCGCAAACGGAUUGGGACGUUAAUCUCAGCGGACUGAAUUCUUCUGGAUCAUCGGUUGAAGGCUCCUCGACGCAUCCAAGUGGCCGACGGGUAUUCAAAUGCCCGCAUUGUCCAUUUUGGGCAUCCACCGCAAGUCGUUUUCAUGUUCAUAUUGUCGGUCAUUUAAAUCGGAAGCCAUUCGAGUGUUCCCUAUGCGCGUAUCGCUCUAACUGGCGGUGGGACAUCACAAAACAUAUUAAACUUAAAGCAGCUAAAGAUCCAGUUCAUAUGACUGCCAGGGUACUUAUGACGGAUGAAACAGGUCGACGGAAUUAUUCCAAAUAUAACAAAUAUCUUGCACAGGUCGAGCAACAGUCAUGGGAUGAUCAGAACAUGGAGGAGCGUAGUGUUGAAGAGAGCACUUCCGACGAACCACCGACUAAAUUGUUGAUAAUGAAUAGCAGCGAUUAUCUGCAAACACCUGAACUCACAUCCACUCCAGUUUCAAUCAUAUCCGCGGGCGAGGGAAAUAAUAUUAACACUAUUAACAUUGGAUUAAGACCACCGCCGCCUCUGAAAGCAGCCACCCGGAACAGAGGUCAAUCUUUACUUAAGAACAAUCUGAUUUCUCCCCAUACACAAAGUGGAUCGAGUGGAUCCACUUCGGCUACAAUCACAGAGGAGAAUAAGCGCACCAUGUGGAAGUGUAAGCGUUGUAACUUUCGACAUUCCAACAGAGAAACCGUUUCGUUGCACGUUAGGUCUCACAGUGAAUCUGAACAACAUCAUGGUGAAGAAAAGAAUGCAUUUGGUUGUGGAGACUGUCCAUUUUUUGCACCUGAUGCUACAACUCUAUCAAUGCACAGAGUUCAUCAUCGUCCCAACUUGGAGGCAAUCUUCAAAUGUUACCUAUGUCCAUAUUAUGUCAGCACAAAGAUAGAGCUUUUGGAUCAUGUUAGACUUCACGGAGAAGAGCUUGCUGUUGUACAUCAACAAAAUAUGGAUUAUAAUCUCUCAUCUAUUAAGGCUAAAACACAGCAAGUUUUAAGUCCUGAUGCUAGCAUUAGUCGCUUAAAACAGGAGAAGCCUGUAGAACAGGUGAUUCACAUAACCACGCAAAACAACGUAACUUGCAUCACAAAUGUCUCGAAAAAUACUGGUGUACCGCCACCUUUGCUACUGGAUACCCGAGCACUGCCUGAAGCUCCAUUGGUGUGGGUGUCCCGACCAGAUGGUACACUUGCGAAAAUGUUAAAAUGUCGUCAUUGCCCGUUCGUGUCUUCACGACGUGCCGAAGUCCGCGAUCAUGAGACCAUGCAUCUCGAUUCACCCAACUGCGGCCCCGUGAUCGCUUGUACGGAUUGUAGUUUCACUUGUAUGCGGCGAGAUGUUAUGGUCGCUCACACAGAUAUGCAUUCCGGUUCCUUAGGCACCGUACACUGUUUAGUGGAUGAUUCGAGGCCAGACUCGCAGCAACUGAACGACCUGGCUACGCUUCUCGGCUUCACACAUUCUCCCGUGUUGGGUUCAGAGCCUGAUCUACGGGAUCUGAGGCUAGUGCAUUGCUGUAGUAAAUGUCCAGCGCGGUUCCUUUGUGAGAAAGAGCUGAGAAUUCAUUUGAGAUAUCAUUCUACAGAAUUAGCUUACUCUUGCCAAUGGUGCUCCUAUGCCGCCCGACAGCCAGCUCAUCUCCUAGCCCAUCAGAAGGCGCACUCAACGGAGUACCAAGAGCGUACAAAGUAUUUAUUGUCUCUUUACGGCCAUUCGCAACGAUAUCCACCACCUACCACAGCCUGCGUCGAAGCAAACAACCAAGAAUCAAAUGGAUCUACGCCUACUGUGGCAUGGAUUGUAGUCGAGGUAACCGAGACUUCGAGCAACAGUAUGAGCAAUGCGAAUCAACGAACUGGGAAUCAAGUAUUCACUUGUGCCAAAUGUCCGGCUCGUUACUUUAAGCUAGACGCUCUGGAGUAUCACAUGACUCUGCACGGCUCGAACAACAGAUUCAAGUGCACCGAAUGCGACUAUUCGUCAAAGACAGCUCAGAACCUGGUGAAGCAUCAAGUGGUUCACCGACGUCAGAAUGAAACUAGCGAGUUGAACGCUAAUUUGACGCCACCUCCGCCUGAUCCGCAAUUUGGUCUCUUCAUGCGUGGCAAUCCUAACUUUGUAUAUCCUGGUUAUUUGAGAAAUGGUAGAUUGAAGGAAAAACGAUACAAGUGUCACAAAUGUCCCUCAGCCUUCGAAAAACGAGAACAGUAUAGAGUUCACUUAACGUUGCACGGUGCGAAACAGAGAUACCGCUGUGACACUUGUGAUUAUUCUGUCAAAUAUUAUGCCAAUUAUAUCCAACAUCUGAAGAAACAUCAGGCUAAUGCGGAGGCACAGGCUUCGCGCAGGCAAUUCGAGGACGAUACGAUUACUAUAGAUAGUGAUACAGUUCCUGAUAAUAUGAAUUCUAUUUCUCGUUCAGGAAAGACCCUGAAAUCGUGCAAUAAUUCAGCCACAACUAUAUCUACAAAUGGUAUAUCGAUGUUGAAUUACGGUGGAGUUCAGGCUUCGAAUCAAGACAAGCAGUCUUUGAUGUUGUUGCAGAAGAAGGGAAUACUUUUGUCGUCUAACGAUGAGGUAGAAACAUUACGAUGCCAAAAUUGUCCAUUUUCUACGUGUGAUAAGGAUGCUUUGGACGCCCAUAAACGUAGACAUGGUAUCGAGAGAAUGACGCCAUCUUGUCCCCAUUGUGAUUAUAUACCGCGAAAAGACGAGAACGUCGGUGAACAUAUUAGAUUACAUUUUACAAGACUUUAUAAACCGGAAUCCUAUCUUAUUAUAGAGUUAUUAACAUUGACAAUGAAGAAGAUUACUUCGAAUAGUAAAGAAGAAAAACAAAAAGCUGCCGAAUUACUUUUUAAGGAGUACGCAGAUGGACGAUUCUUUCCGUUCACUGAUACUAAUUCUUUUGGUAGCCCCUCCACUGUAAACAGCCACAAGGAGAAAGUCAUAGUAGAUCCAAAUACUGGAGAAACGAAACAUUUAGCCGUUUAAGAAAAUAUAACCCUAAAUAAAC